UUUUACAAUUAAUAUAUAAGUUGUCCAUUCACUGAUAGAAGGAAUUGUUUAUAUUUAAUAAGCUUUAUUAAUAAAUGAUUUGUAGCGGGUUAUAUUUGGGUAUCAACCCACUAACAGUUGAUACGUUCAGGAAUCGAACCCGAACGGCGUCCGGCCACAAGCAAAACGAUGUCGGUAAAUUAAACGAAACAAUACGAGAAAUAGUUCUAUAUUACGACAACACGAUACACUACAGAUUAUUAACAAAUUAACGAGACACAAAACAAACGACUAACAAAUAUAUGAAAAUACAAUAAUGAGAGAAACGCGCGAUCAGUACGAGGCUUUGUGGCGGACUGCCGGCGCAGCAGCCCGGCGUCACCUGCGAUAACGCGGCCGCGCGUUGGCUCCUGAUUGGCGCGCGCACGCAUCACCAUGGCCAAUCAGGCGCAUAACGCAUUUCGUGUGACAUGCUAUACUCUCUAGUACGAUUUUGGUCCCCAUAAUUUUCAUACCCCGGGCCUAUAUAUGUAAAUCGAUUCUUAAGGAGUAAACUCCAAAAAGGAAACCAAAUCAAACCAGAAACCUUAAUUUUGAUGAGAUUUGUCAGCUUCCCAGCCAACCUAUACUGACUCCUCGUUUGCUAACUAAUGAAAUGGAAAUUUUACAACCAGCCGAGAAUGAAUUCAUUGAAAAUGAAGACAAUAUCAACAUGUCUGAAGAGUCAACAUCGGAGCCAAAUUCUAGCCUGCCAUACCGUAGCUAUCAAACUCAUAAAUCAGCACAUAAGCUAUUUAAAAAAAAGAUCCUACAGAAUUCCUUUGGUCACGCCUGUAAUGUUUGUGAUCGUUUAUGGUUUUUAGAAGAUCUUAAAUGUGGAUCAGCAGAUGAAGAAAUCUUACUUAAACGAAUUACGAAUUUUACGGAUGUCACUCAAGUCAUGAUGUGCAAAACUUGCAGAGCCAGUAUCUUAAAAGGCAAUAUUCCCUUUUUAGCUACGUAUAAUGGUUUUAAAUAUCCACAAAGACCAGUGGAUUUGCCGGAAUUGGAUAUUAUUGCUGAGAGACUUAUUUCACCAAGGCUUCCGUUUAUGCAAAUACGUAGAUUACGCCAUUUCAAUGGUCAAUUUGCUAUAACUGGCCAAAUAAUUAAUGUGCCUGUCUCGGUUGAUAAUAUGAUAAAACUUUUACCAAGGCCGCUUGAUGGAAAUGAAGAAGACUAUUGUAUUAAUGUUCAUAUUAAGAAGAAACUUAUUCAUAAAACAAGUUACCUUCACGGAUUGGUUAAAGGUAUUGUCAUUAAAAAAUGGUUGACGUAUUUAAUUGAAACACCUCUGUAUAAGCACUUCCAAAUUAAAGUGGAUGAUGCUUGGUUUACAUCCAAUGGUGAGAAAGUCAUAAUUGAUUACACGGAUACAGGAGGAUCGAGUAGACAAGAUGAUGUGCAAGAGCUUCCAUCCUCUGAAACAGCAAAUCACACUCACUCUGUGGAUUCUGACUCCAUAGAAAAACGAAUACACAUCGAUGAUUUAAGUGAACAUAUUGUGAUUGAUGAAAGUCUGACUGCGCAACAGCAAACUCUCAUGUGGAGUGAGGAUAAAUUUUUACAAAUUGCUCCAGGUGAAAAUAAAGUUCCAGAGAGUUUGUUAUUUGACACAUAUGCAGAGGAAUUAUCAUUUCCAGCCAUUUACCUUGGGGAAUUUCGUGUAUUUCGAGAAGAAGCCAAUGUAACGCCAUUCAUGAUGGCAACAAGUGAAUUACGUCGUUCAGACAGGAGAGGAGUACUUCCUAAUAAGCUUCUUUACACGGCAAUGAAAAUAAUGCGCUUAAGAGUUUGCAGUGCUCUGAAGAUUGGAUUCAAACACAUCGGUAAGGAUACCAAUAUAAGUAAAGAACGCCUAUUAUCUGAUGAUUACAUAAAUGCCUGUUUGGAAACAAAUUUAGCUUUUAUGAAGUCAAUCCCUAAUUCUGCAACUUAUUGGUCUGCGCGAAAGCGAGAUCUUUUUGCAAUGAUGCGCCAGUUGGGUAGGCCAACUAUGUUUUUGACCAUAAGCGCGAAUGAAAUUGGAUGGCCAAACCUUCUAAGGAUUUUACACAAAUUGAAAAAUCAGGGAGAAGAGUUAACCGAUGAGCAAAUUGAAGUGUUGAAUUAUUUUCAAAAGACAACUCUGAUUAAUGAUGAUGCCGUCACCUGCGCAAUAUAUUUCAAUAAAUUGAUUAAUGUAAUCAUGCUUAUAUUGCAGUCAAAGAAGUUGAGUCCAUUUGGUAAAUAUCGAGUGAGUCAUUAUUUCAAGCGGAUUGAAUUUCAACAUAGAGGUAGCCCACACGCCCAUAUACUAUUAUGGUUAGAUAAUUCACCAAAAGAUGCAUUGGGGAACGACUACGAAGAAGCGAUUGCAUUAAUUAAUUCGCUUAUUUCAGUGGAUUCAUCUGAAGCUUCCGGUCACAUCAAACUUCAAACUCAUAAACACACCUUCACGUGUUAUAAAAACACUCGUACAAAUAAUCGGCAAUGUCGUUUUGAAGCACCUUUUAUGCCUAUUCGCCAAACUACUAUUCUCAUCCCGCUAGACAAGGAGAAUCCAGAGUUACAAAGACUUAAAUCGCGGUAUAAAAAUAUACGACAAAACUUAGAAAGUAAUGACUACGAAAAUAUUGAACAUUUUUAUCAAGACAAUUGCAUAAUAUCAGAUGAUGACUACGUUAACAUUUUACGAGCUGGGAUAACUCGGCCUCGAGUAUUUUUAAAACGGAGACCUUCAGAAAAAUGGCAUAAUUGUUUUAAUCCUUUUAUUUUGAACGUGGUUGGGUCUAAUAUGGACUUCCAAUUUAUCACCGAAGAAUAUUCAUGUGCUCAGUACGUUGUCGACUACAUAAAUAAGACUAACAGAGGAAUCAGUAACUUACAACAAAAACUCGUCGAAAUUAUGAAUGAUAAUCCUGACUUCGACAUUAUUGCUGCUACAAAGAAACUUAGCGUCAACGCGCUGAAUACAAUUGAAAUGUCAAGCCAGGAAGCAGCGUGGUUUCUUUUGCGUGAACCCAUGUCUAAAGCGUCAGUAGCUAUUGAAUAUAUUCCAACAUACUGGCCACAACAGCGAGAAAGAAUUCGAAAAACAUUAAAAGAAUUAGCGCAACUUGAAGAUGAUGAUACAAAUGUAUGGAAGGAAAAUUGGUUCGACAAGUACGAGAAAAGACCUGCUAUAAUUAAUGAUAUCACUCUAGCUCAGUUUGUUUCGCGAUAUACUGUCAAUGCUGCCGGAAAUGUUAAAGAACGAAAAGUCCCACAAGUUAUAAGAUUCCGAAAUUAUGAUAUGGGGAAAGAGUUAACAGAAUACAAGAGGGAAAUGGUUACGCUACAUAUGCCUUUCAGAAUUGAAGAAACUGAUGUUUUGAGUGAUAUGAAGUUUUUGCGCAUCUAUGAUGAAAAUGAAGAUCUCAUAAUGGAGAGACGAAAAGAAUUUGAAUCUAAUUUAGAUAUCGCAAAAACAAUGGAAAUUUGUGCACAAUUAUGUCGGGAAGAGACGGAGCUCAACGAUGUGCAGGCAAAUAACGAUGACCAGAACAGGGCUAAUGUCCAAGAAAUUCUAGAUCCAUACCAACAGUUUCUUCAAGAUCCAAACUCGGUUAUUAACGAUGAUUUAGUAUCAGCUUCAAUGAAUAAACUCGGAGCGAUAUGGAAAAAAAAAGACAACCUCAUGGAGACUCCAGAGUUUCUUGAGCUCAUGAGAAGAACUAACGAGAAGCAAUUCGAGCUGGCUCAACACAUAAUAUGGUUAUUGACUUCAAAAAACCCAAUGCCGUUACAACUAUUUUUGACUGGUCCUGCUGGAUGUGGGAAAACUUUUCUCAUCAAACUGAUUAUGGAAAUUUGUAAUAGAUUCACAGAUACAGAUGGCUACUGCAAUGCUUAUCUUGUAUGUGCAUCCACUGGAAAAGCUGCGGUUGCUAUUGGAGGUACAACUGUUCACACCGCUUUCAAAAUUACUCUAUCCAGUUUUCAAAUACCUUUAUCUAACGAAGUCAAGGGCUUGUACAGAUGUUUAUUCAAGUAUGUAAAGAUGAUACUUAUUGAUGAAGUCAGUAUGAUAGGAGCAGAAAUGUUAGAACGUAUAGAUUUGAGGUUGAAAGAAAUAACCGGAAAUUAUGAUACCUCUUUCGGUGGAUUACAUAUUAUUUUUAUUGGUGAUUUGAGACAAUUGCCUCCAGUUAGAGCCACACCAAUUUGGAAACAAAAAAUAGUAGUUUAUUAAACCAACAAAAUACGCUUUUAUAGAAAAUCUAACUAAAAAAUAGAAAGUAAAUUUUAAUAGAUUUGAAUUAAAAAAAAAUUCAACGGAUUGAUGGUCAGCAGUUAUGGAGAGGAAUUAGUUUUUACGAGUUGACAGAAGUUAUGCGCCAAGAAAAUGCUCAAUUUUCUUCAUUAUUGACAAAAAUUGGUAAUGGAAAUCAAUUAGAUGAAGACCAGUUGCAACUAAUUGAAUCAAGAUUUUGUUCAGAAGGGGAAGCGGAGCAACGUUGUCCUGGAGGAAUUCGAUUAUUUAAUGACAACCAUUCAGUUGAUGCGUACAACUUGAAAGUGUUGAGUUCAUCUGAUGAAAUAUCAAAUUCAGUUGCUGAUGAUGAAUUUUUGGGGUGUGAAAAUGAUCGCGAAAAGCAAAGAGUUGCUAGAGAAAAGUUGUACAAACUUAGUACAAUUGACACGGGAGGAUUACCUUAUGAAAUUAUUUUUGCUCCAGAUAAACCCUACAUGAUAACGACCAAUAUUGAUGUUGCUGACGGAUUAGCCAAUGGAGCGGUAGGCAAAUUGAUCCAUGUUGAAUUAGGUGUUGAUGAUAGAAUUUUAAGAGUUUGGCUUCAUUUUCCUAACGGCGUCGGUGUUAAAGCUCGAGCAAAAACAGCUGGAUAUGCGAAUUCAAAAGGAAUUGAUAAUACAGCGGUUCCUAUCAAUCGUAGAACUGCAACAAUUCCUCUCAACCGGAACAAAUCAAUUCAUGUCAAAAGAAAUCAUUUUCCGUUAAAACCAGCUUGCUCCUUAACCAUUCAUAAAUCUCAAGGUGGAACUUUUGAUGAAAUAGUUUACAAGUACAGCAAAGCUCACUCACAGUCUUUAGUUUACGUAGCUUUAUCUAGGGUUACGAGUCAACAAGGACUUUACAUUGUAUCUAGUGAAGAUCAACGUUUUCACCAUGGCAGACGUGAAAAUCAAGCGAUGCUUUUGUUACGAAACGAGUUUACUCGGCUUUCUACUGUCCAUCUUAAUACAAUCGAUCGAGUUAUACUCGAAAAGAUUAAUGAAGGGAAUAUCAUUGUUUUUUCUCUAAACUGCCAAAGUCUCCGGGCACAUGCAUGUGAUCUUCGUGGCAACAUAAUACGAAAAUCACAUGUUUUAAUGUUAUCAGAAACUUGGCUUUCUAACAACGAACAGGUUGAAGUUGGAAAUUUUAAUCUCAUCACACAAUAUAGGCGACCAAACAUAAAGCGUGGAGGAGGGGUCUGCAUUUAUCACAAUACUGACGAUUCACAGCGGGAGUGUGCGGUCAAUAGUGAUACUCAAUUGAGAAGAGGUCCCCAGCACACAAGUCUAACUAAAUCUGCUGUAGGAGAUAUAUGCGCCGCAAGAUACACUACAUCCAGCGGUAGAGAAAUUAUUAUGGUGACUGUUUAUAUUUCGGUCAAUACGAAUGUUACUGAUAUAAUAGAUUUUCUCCACGAAGCAUUGCUAGUAUACACAGAAGGGGGUUCGAAACUAUUAAGAAAACGCUAUCAUGAACUUCCGCUUAUACUUGGUGGAGAUUUUAAUAUUGACUUUAAUAAAGAAGAUGGUUUCCGGUUGAUACAAUUCCUUAAAGACGAAUUAAACUUAGAUUUAAUUUCUGGAAGAACACUGGGAACAACUAGAUAUGAUACCACUAUUGAUGCGAUGUUUUCGCGAUUUAUUACACAUAUAUCGUCCGACGUCCAUGUAUCGUAUUUUAGUUACCACAAACCGAUCGUCUCAGUAUUCAAUGAUGUUGAUAUUGUUCCUGGAAUAAAUACACCGCAAGGUGAUGUAAAUAGUGAAUAAAAUCAAUCUUGCUCAACAUUCUAUUAUAUUAAAUUAUUAUUGUUUAUAUUUUUUCAUGGCUUUCUUAUGUAUGUCAAAAAAUUUAUUGUAUAAUUAAUAGAAUAAAAAUCUACCGUGCAUAAUCUAAGUAUCAUCAAAAAUGCAUUAAUUUAUACCCGUAUUCCCUUAUCUAUUUAUUUAUUUUAUAAUCGUUCUUGAGGAGUAAACUCCAGUCGUGCGUCGGAGCGGACACACACACUUUUUUUUUUUUUAAAGUAUUUUGUGUAUUAUUCGUUAACUUGGGACCUUGUCUUCACUAUAUAGUCAUAUUCACUAGUUUAUUUGUCACUUGUACGAUUUUUUAUCACUAAAUUCACUUUAAAUUAUAUUUUUAAAUAACUUUUUUACGGUCUAUGUUGUUACCGCGUCUCAGUACCGCCUACCCUCCCUGGAGAAAAUAAUAAGACAAAAUAAAAAAUAACCAAUCAAUGAAAGUGAAUAAUGUACUUAGUUAAAAGAACUGACGCUAAGUAACCAUUGUUAUUAAUUACUAGCUGUACCCGUCCGCUUCGCUGGGCAUGUAAAAUUUACAUUAUUAAUUCUCACCCCCACAAAGAUUACACAUGGUAUAUAGUGUGUGUAAUGUGUUCUUUAUUGAUUUAAUGUCUCUUUUAUGCAUUAUUUAAAAAAAAUAUUAGCAUUGUGCACCUUUUCUCUAUAUUCUCUAUAAGUGUGGAAAAUUUCAUACUCCUCCGUAACUCUGUAACUCCAAUUUUCGUAAAAAGGGAUACAAAGUUUUUGCUUCAUAUAUAGAUAAUGAGUUGACAUUGAAUACAAGAGAAAACAAGUAUUCACAUGAAGAGAGCUUGAUGAAACAUUUGAGUGAAGCGUGCCGGUUCGCGUCGGCCGAUAGAUGUCGUGUUCCCGGGCUUCUCUGCGUGGCCAAUAGAUGUCACCACCAGUCAAACUCCUCAAUCAAUGGCGUAAAUUAUUUUUGUCAUAUUUUAAUUUUUCAACGGUCGAGUGUGACACGAAAAUGAAUGUUGCUUAAUACGUGCUCCGACACGACUCCUACUUAUAUUAUUUUAUGAAAAUAUUGUUGAUCGCCAAACACACAUCCCUGAGAGAUAAGAGGGUAGUAGCAAUAAUCGACAGAUACCCGUUACUUCUGAUCAAUAGUUGGAUACAGUAAUCUGGGUGUGAUACUCUCUCUAUGAAAGCCGGUGUAGUAGUAUUAAAAUAGGUGUAAUGCACGUUAUGCACAAUAAUAAAAAGGUCACUUUAAUGCAAUUAUUGUUAUUAUUAUCCGACUUAAAAAAAAGUAAGAACUUCUCAAUUCGAUGGUUUAUUUAUCCACAGAUUCGGUAGAAUCUGGCGCCAAGUUCCGUUCAAAAAUCCCGUUGUAAACGGAGCGCCAGACUACCGACUGUGUUUACUGUGAGCAGAACAGUUUUUUGAGGUUGCGAAAUUUUAUUUAAUUCUACGGUACUUCUGGUUCCUAAAUUGUAUAUUAUAUCAAUCACUCACAACUUUAUUUUACUGAUAUUAACUAGUUAUAUCAAUUACAACAAUUAAUCUACUUGAAAUUAUUAAUUUUAUCACCACAAACUAUGGCUCGCUCAAAAAUUUCGAUCCUGACUUUUUUCGAUGUAAAAAGUGACAUGCCACAGACUAUAAAUAUUCGAGAAUGGUAAUCUACGGCCGCCAGGUUCGCUGGAAUUAUUCCUAUUUGUAAUGGAUUUUAUGACCUGGUAACUGAGACCUUUAAGUCAUGUCUUAUUUUAAUUUAUAUUCAUAUUUUUAUGAAAAAUGAUAUUAUGGAGUGAAAUGAAAUGUGAUAUUAUGGAGUGAAAUGAAAUGAAGAUGAUUAAUUUGAGACAUUAAUCAAAAGGGAUGAAAUGAAAUGAGAUGAGAUGAUAUGGAAUGAAAUAUAAUCUCAGUAAAAUGGUGGUGGUCAUUUACUAAGAUCUCAGUGGACUUUUUGGAGGAAACCGAGAAGUUACGUACAGCGGCUUUGUUUCAUUUUCCCACGUUUGUGCACUUUCACAGAUAUUAAACAGUUAAUAAACCACUAUUAUUACACAUUUAAACCCGAAUAAAACACUAAAUAGACAAAUUAAAACAAAUCACACAACUUCACACCUCGCGUUCCCGCCAAAAAGUCAUUAUUCCUACAUAAACUGUAGCUUCAAGGGGAUAGUUUGCAGUUCUUAUUGAACGGUUUAUACAUUAAAUAACGUUAAUGUUGUUACUGUUAGUAUUUUAGUUUAAGUACUGCCGAAGCAAGUACUGUUGUUACUGUUGGAGAAACAAUUUUGUUUUGUAAUGUAAUACCGAAAUACUUUACGAGAUGGCGUUACAAAAAAUCCCUUCCCAAAACUAUAAAACCGUUGUGAUUGUCUACGAAUAAUAAAUAAUAUAAUAACUAAUAUUUAUUCGUAGGUGAUUGUUUAAGAUGCUAUGAAUAUUUCGGUUUUGAUUUCAUCAAAAUAACUUGAACUUUACUACUGAAUUCCGAUGAAAAUUCUAAUUAAGGCUGAGUUAAGUUCAGCUUUUUAUUUAAGCCUCUUACUGUAGUUUUUAAAUUACAUUUAUGCGGAUUGAUGUUUCAAGGCUUUCAGAUUUUAAUUUUAAAUUCUGAAAUAAUUAAGAACAGCGUCAUCUACCCUUCACAUUUGAAACAAAAUUUAAUUCGGUUUAAAGGACAAACCCGAAAUCCAUACAAACUUGGGCCUGGCGUUACAGUGCUAGAAUUUGGGCAUAAGUUACAAUACCUAAGAAGGUUUCAUGAGCCCAAUUUUCAGGUCUCCCAGCAAUGGCCAAAUUGGUAAAAUCAGACAAUGUUUACAUUUUAGGUUAUGUUUAUUGUUCGAGAUAUUUUAAUAAAAACGAUAUUUUUGAGGCUGUUUCCUACUAAAGAUGAGUAAUUUUUUACGAAAUCUGUUGCAGCAACAGGUUGCAUUAAAAUAAAAAUGGAACCUGUUACGAGAAAUCGAGCGUUAAUUGUUUACGAAAACGAACGAAAGCCAAAAAUUAAAAACAACGUAAUGCGAAACGCGCUGCGCACGAAAUGAUUUUUUAAGGGAUUUUAUGACCUGGUAACUAAGACCUUUAGGUCAGUCUUAUUUUAAUUUUAAUGAAACUUUUUUAUAUGAAAAACUAUAUUUAUAUGAUAACUUUUUUAUAUAAAAUAUAAAUCAUUACGUGCUCCCAUAUUAUCUCAUCACAUUUCAUUUCAUUUUAUUUCAUGCCUUUUUUAUUUUUAUUUUUUAUUGCUUAGAUACCCAUCGACGACCUCACAGCCCACCUGAUGUUAAGUGGUUACUGGAGCUCAUAGACAUCUACGACGUAAAUGCGCCACCCACCUUGAGAUAUAAGUUCUAAGGUCUCAGUAUAGUUACAACGGCUGCCCCGCCCUUCAAACCGAAACGAAUUACUGCUUUACGGCAAAAAUAGGCGGGCGGGAGGCGCGGACUCACAAGAGAUCCUACCACCAGUAAAAUUAUUAAUGUAACUACACCAUAGAAAAACUCAAAGUACCAAAUCGACUUUUUCAUGUUAUAUUUAAGAUUGCCAGUUGAAAAUAUUUUGAAUUGCCGCAGUUGCCGACAUGAUUUCGUAUCAUAACUAAAUGGCACAGUUAUUUAUUUCUUAUAAUGAUUUUUGUUAGUAGAUUUUGGUGCUUUACGUUACGUUAUUCAAUGAGAUUAAGUUUAUAGUCUGGCCAGCGAAUCAUGGCACAACUAAAUAGCGGCAAUCCAAAAUAUCUUCAGUUGGCAACAUUAAAGAUAACUUAACACGAUUUGAUACAUUUGUCUUUUUCUAUGGCAUAGUCACAUUAAUAUAAAAAUGCAAAACUACAUUUUCAUGCUAUAUUUGAUGUUGUCAGUUGUAGAUAUUUUGAAUUGCCGCCAUUGUAAGUAGUUGUGUCACGAUUCGAUGGCCAUACUCUAUUUACAUUGAUUAAAAUACCUAUAAAAACAGUCAUUUAUCCUAAAGCAAAAGAGUAUUAAUUAUUUUUUACACUCGAUUUCCACUAAAUCGAUCCUAUUUUAUGGAUGCUCUAAUUCUAAUCCGCACGUUUGUGGAACUAGUUACGUAUAUUGAAAGAAGUGUUGCAGAUGUUUACAAAGAUUGUUUAAAACAAAAAAAUGAAUUCAACUUAUUUUCUACACUUGGCCAUUGUCAAUGAAGCUAAGAUUUCAAUAGGUUAAUCAAGCAAAAUAGACAAAUUUUUUGGUACAUAUCCCAUUCGUGUAACGCUUAGGCCCAAAAUGGGGUUUCUCCUUUGUAAAAGUUAAUGUUGAUUAUUAUUACACUGUAACGCAGCGUUCCGUUUCGCGGGGCAACAGCAGCCAAAGGGAAUGUGACUCAGGUCCGUGCCCGACGACCCAUCCCGCGCUACCCGCGCCCGCGCAUCUGUUGCAUCAUUCGCACCCCCAAUUAUGGCAAUUAGUGCGCGCCAGUGGGUGGAAUCUCCCAUAUAUAUUUUUUUUAUAUGGGAUGAGAUCCGAAGUUGUGACACAACACAGUGUUACCGAGCUAAUUGGUUUAACAGAGUCAUAGUAAUUUUUAUCAAUACGUGAACAUUGAAUUUGAAAACAAACCGUACGUUCUCUUUACUUAUUUUUAUUAAUAAUAUAGUUUUCUUUGCAUUUCUGUAAUGCUACUACUACUCCUGCGUCUUAACGCGUUAAUUAGUGCGCUAAAUUGGCAUUACGCACCUAGCUAUAGAAAAAUGUAAAUUUCCUUAUGGCAACACUAAACAAAAUGCCGGUUAAGCUUCGUUGUUUUUGUUUGUUUUGUCGUUUAUUCAUUUGGUUUUGAUAAAUAACACAUUGAGUUAUUUAAAAAACUAAAUGGCAUUUUAAUUUUUUAAUAUCGCUUAUAAGUUCACGUUGAUAUUUUUCGAGAAAAGACUUUGUUCACAAAAUGAUUUUGUAACAUGUUUUUUUUGUUCGUGUUAAUUUUAAUAUUUGCUGUUAAGAAAUUUACUCCUCCUGUUUGGUCUUGUUUUCGUUUGUAAAUUGUAAGUUAUUGUUGUUGAGAAACUGACUCCUGUGUUGUUUAAAUUUUUUGCGCCUUUUGCAAACUUUUUAACAUGCCUGAUACUCAUCGUACUUGUGAAGUUUGUGGUAUCAAAGAAAGACAUCUUACUGAAAAACGGUUUUUCGCAAGGUUUCCUCUGGAUGUCAAUAGGUGAGUAAGUGAACUCCUUAUUUGAAUUUCUUUAGUAGAUGGGUUGAAAGGGGUAUGGAAGUAUCGUCAUUUUUAGAAUCUUGAAACUUAUUAUUUAGGCUGUUGAUUAGAUAUAAAUAAAUAUGACAAAGUUUGUAUGGGAAUUCGUAAUUUUUUAAUCUAGAACCUUGAAACUUUUUGAUGAUGAUUGAUUUUUUUACUUCUAGUCAGAUAUAUGUAAAUAAUAAUGUAAUUUUAAGUUUUUAAAUCUUCACCCUCGAGGGGGUAAAAUAACAAUAAGAAAUAGGGGAUAAAAGAAUGCAAGGUAUUGUGGGCACAGCUAUUAAAAAAUACUUCAAUAAAUAAUAGAUACUUAAAUUUGAAAAAUGUAUAUAUUUUAGUUUAUAACAAGACCUAUUUUAAUUUAGUAGUAAAACUAACGCUCAUUUUGAAUUUUAGAUGUAAACAAUGGGUAAAGAUGGUUGGCAAAGAAGAUCUGGCUUAUCUUCAAGUACAUAUGCUACAUGAUUUAAAACAUGUUUGUGAAGCACAUUUCUCAAGAUGAGACUUUACAAAAUCAAAGAAGCGCUUAAAAAAACGAGCUGUACCCAAACUGAACUUGACACUGCCACCAUUGAGAGAUGAAAUUCUUCUUCAAUUUUUGCAACUCAACUCGCAAGCAGAUGUCACCCCACAAGGCCAGUUUGAGGUUCAGGCCGUUCCUAGUGCUUUGAUGCCAGCAUCCUCAAGUCAGCCUAGCGGUCUAGAGAAAACUGAUGUCACCCCACAAGGCCAGUUUGAGGUUCAGGCUGUUCCUUGUACUUCAAUGCCAACAUCCUCAAGUCAGUCUAGCAGUCUAGAGAAAAACGUCACCAAAGGAAGCCAGCGGAAAGAAAGUGAAAGUCAAAUAAGAAAAAGAAAAUUAGAAGAUGUUGAUGUUACACCACGGAAAAGGAGGCUCUUAAGUGAAUUGAGAAAAACAAAGUGCACAUUGGCAUCAUUAAAAAAGAGCGCGAAACUAAUAGACAAUUUAUCGUCAGAGUUUCUAAAAGAAAUUGUCACGUCUGCGUUGAUAAAUCAAAAGCGUAAGUCACAAGGCAAACGCUGGACUAUUAAAAAUAAAAUAUCAGCAUUAGCCAUCUUCAAGCGUUCACCAAAAUCUUACCGAUAUCUGCGAUAUCUCGCACCAUUUCCGAGUAUCAAAACAUUGCAAAAAUUAAUGAAAAAAAUACCUGUUGAGCCAGGUUUAAAUACAGCUGUACUUGACCACCUGAAAAAACUAGCUCCCAUUAAAAAAAUAAGAGCAAAAUUAUGUUCGCUAGUCUUUGAUGAAAUAGCGUUAAAAGAAAGGUUAACUUAUAGCAAAGCCACAGAUAAAGUGGAAGGGUUUAUCGAUUAUGGAUAUGAGAGGAAAGAUGAGCUAGCAAAUCAUGCCUUAGUCUUCAUGUUACAAGGUAUUGGGAGAAAAAUUAAACAACCGCUGGCAUUCUAUUUCAUAAGAGGCACAGUAUCUUCAGAAAAAUUAGCAGUUUUAAUAAAAGAUUUAAUUAAAGAAAUUACUAACUCGGGAUUUCAAGUUUUAUCAACAAUAUGUGAUCAAGCGCCCACCAAUAUGGGAGCGUUAAGUCUGUUAAAGGAGUGGAACAGUGGUGGACAUAAUUAUUUUGAAUUUGAAAAUAAAAAAAAUUAUAUAAUUUAUGAUAUUCCACAUUUAUUAAAAUCACUGAGAAAUAACUUUUUAAAACAAGGAUUUCUGAAAAUGGGAGAAUUGAAAGGUCAAUGGAGCCAUUUAGUUGAGGUAGAGGAACGAAAUAGAAAUUUUUUAUAUCUUAGCAAACUCAAAUCAACUCAUGUACAACCAAAGUACAGAGCUAAAAUGAAAGUUAAGUAUGCCGCACAAAUAUUUAGCCAAACAGUGGCUGCUGUUCUUAAAUUAUUAGCUACGAAUGUGGAAAAUGUACACCGAUCAGAUGAAAUAUUACAGACUGCUUUGUUAAUUGAAAAAUUCAAUAAACUUUUUGAUUAUACAAAUGGGCCAUCAGGACAUGCUGACGUAAAAAAAGGUAUACGGGAAAACGUAUCUGCUAAAACUGACCAUUUAGCUGUUUGGACAGAAUUUAGAAAGCAACUGUCUACUUUAACAUUUUUCAACCAUAAUGGCGUGGAAGCAAAAAAUGUAAAGUGUGUUCAAGGCUACAUUAUAUCAUUAAAAUCGCUGCGUGAUAUUUGGCUGGAAGUUCAGGAUUUAGGAUGGAUAUAAGUAUUUGAAUCUACGGCAGUUAAACCAGGAUGCAUUAGAAAAUUUAUUUGGGUUAAUAAGACAGCAUGGUCAAACAAACAAGCAUCCGACGUGUUCUACAUUUAUAGCUGCUAUGAAAACCUCUAUAAUAUCAGGACUUACCACCCCUCACAGCAAAAACUCCAAUUGUGAAGAAGACAAAAAGGAACUCAUGACGGAUUUUCAUGAUUUAGUUUUUGGGUUUAAAGACGAAGAUGAUCAAGGUCAAGAUAUUAAUGAGUCUCCUAGUCAUGUUUCCACAGAAAAUGAAAAUGAGGAAGACAACCCGGUUCUCAGUAUACCUGAAGAAGAAGAAUAUAAAGAAAUAGUAUGUGACCUAGCAAAAAUUUCAAAUCAACCAGUGGUCUAUAUAAGUGGAUAUCUAGCUUCUGUUAUUCUAAAAAAAAAUGAUUGCCAGGUCUGUAGAGAAACUUUGACGGUUGCAGAUCCAGAGGAAAAUAAGAUUUAUGAUUUAAUUAAAUUAAGGGAGUGGUGGCAAGAUAAGAAAUGUUUGACAUAUCCAUCAUUGCAGUUGUGUCAAACUGUACACACUGCGGUUACAAAUUUUGAACAGUUUUGUAUCCCUAACCUACAUAAUAACAAUAUUUGCCAGUGGACAAUUACUAUAUUUUAUUCAAAUUGUAAUACAGAGUGGCUAUGCAUUAAUCAUCGUCAACAAAUGUCAGACUUAUUGUUUACAAAAUUGGCUCUAAUGCUGAUUCGGCGACAGUGCCAGAUAAUUAAUUUAAAGCAAGUUUCAAAGGAAGAGGAUUUGGCAGACGCGAACAAAAGGGGUCAACAAUAUGGUGUUUCAAGAUAAUUACAUAAUUAAUUUUUAUUUGUUUUUUGUAGAAAGAAGUUAACUUCGGGUUUGAGUUCAAAAAAGUAUACAUUUAGAGAUUUAGAACUUUAUUUUUUUACUAUUAUAAAAUAGAAGUUUUUAAAAAUUUACUCUUCAAAUGGAAAUAGAAACGAAUUGUUUUUUAUUUAGCACAAAGAUUUUCAAAACCUAGUUCGUUAUAACAUUAUAAAACAAAGUUGAAAACCUCUACAUGUAUACUUAUUGUACCUUGCAUAAAAUUAAGUAAAUAUUGGUUUGUAUUGUAAAAUAAAAAUUAAACAUUUCCGAUACAAACUUAAAAUUUUUUGUAAGCGUUAAAAUUCUACUUACAAAUUUCAUUAAAAUUAUACUAAGUAAUAAAACAUUGUUUUAUUUCUUUUAAAAUAAUCAAGUUUUUAUUUCAAUAUGCAAUCCUUGCCUGCAUUCGAUAUCGACAAAAAUAUCGAUAAUAUUCGCAUCAUUAUUUAUUGGACAUCGAUAUUAAUGCCCAUCACUAUUUUUGACAGUAGUAAGAUUUUUGUAGCCUGUGGUUGUUUUGAUGUUGUCACCAGAUCGGAUCUGAUCCCAUACAUUUUCAUUUUGUAACGUUUACUAUGAAGUGCGGACUCUUAUAACGUAGUGAUUAUAUACUCUUUGGUGCGCGCCAGACUUUGAAGCGAAAUACACGCGUCCCCGGUCGAUACCGGAACUGACAACCCGAGUCUCAUGCCAGUCGGGCACCUAACAUUAAACUGGCAGCCCAAGCGCGGGCCCUUUAACUAGUAUUUCGGAGUGAAUCUACGUAAUUACGACACGUACUCGUCGUCAGUCACGGCGUCAAUCCGAUUUUCAAGACGUUGAAGAAGAAAUUGGUUCAACCGCGGGACCGACGCCAACAUUUACCGCAAACAACAUGGCGUCAUUACAAGAAAGUCAAAUGGCAGCAUUCGAACGCCUACUCGACCGAGUUUUUGAGCAUAAAACUCAACUCGAAUCAUCAGCAACACCGACGUCGGAGCCGACAUCGCCGCCUUCCUCGACGCCCGCUCACCAUUCUGGGAACUUCGCGUCAUGCACGGCGCGGUUCAGCGGAGCGCCCGGCGACUCACUCGACGGUUUCCUUCACGCGGUCGAAUCAUACAAAGAUUGUGCUGACGUAGGACACGCCAUCGCGUUACGAGGACUCCCGAUGUUACUAACCGGAAAUGCAGCCGUGUGGUGGCAAGGCGUUAAAGCUAGCAUCACUUCCUGGGACGACGCUUUAUCAUCGUUACGAAGCGCUUUCGGUGAUUGCAGACCGCCCCAUCGAGUCUACUUAGAGCUCUUCAAAAUGUCGCAAGGACAAAGAGAGAAGACGGAGAUCUUCGUUGCCAGAGCACGAGCCCUACUAGCUCGACUCCCACCUGGUGACCUUAGUGAGAAAGUUCAAAUUGAUAUGCUUUACGGCCUUCUACACCGUCGUGUUCGUAAAAGAUUAAGAAGAGACGAAGUAACUUCAUACGACACGUUAUUAAAGAAAACGCGCCAUAUCGAGGACUCCAUCUACGAGACCAGUCCGCCUGAAUUUAUUCAUCAUCCUCAGCGAGCGACGCCACGUUCAUCGGGUAGUACCGCAGGCGAAGUUCCCGCCGGUGCUUCGACUUCGGCGCGGAUGACGCCGCGGAAAAUAUUCAACUCGGGCGCCGCUGGCGGCCCGCCACGCGACGACAGCGCUGCGCCGAGCACCGUUCGAGUCCCCGCGCCUCGCUACACGAACACUGAUAAUGUAUCAUCUACGUCGAUUGUUAAAAGACUGUUCUGUGUUUAUUGCAAAAAGUACGGACAUAUUCGUGAUGAGUGUUUAAAAUUAGCGUCAAAAUUCGACAACGAAAAUACGCAAGCUGUAUCCUCGCGUUACGGGUGUGGUACCAAAGGUGUUACUCGGUCUCAGUGUACAAAGUGUAACGCAAGUUAUUACGCCGUCGACGCUGCACGGACCCGAUCAGUCACAUCCGAUUUACCUAUUGGUAAAGUAAAUACACAGCUGUCAAGUUCAGUGAACUCUAUUCAUCGCGACAGCUCGUUGCAUACAGCUUGCACUUCAAACACCGUAAAGUCGUCCAUUUAUAUUAAUAAUCGUAAACAAUGUUUUGUUGAUAAUGAAAAUAAUUAUUAUCCUACCGAUUUUAAGGCGAUUCUUCCUCCGCGCUUUUUCGGUUCUGAUAACAAGGUUAGACUUCAAAAUUAUUCUAGACUUAAUCAUAAUAUAAACAAUAAUAUUAGUUCUAGGAAUAGGCCCCUGAUGCGUUACUCGAGUGGUACCGAACCAAAACAUAGUUAUUCCGAGGUACCAAGUGGCCGCGAUAGGGUGACCAUGAUGAACGAAAAUAGGGUGACCAUGGAAAACGUCGGACAUUUUUCGACAAUUAAUUCUAAUGUGAAAAGUGUUGCCCAGAGUAACUCUACUGAGCACCAGGUUAGGUUAAGACCAAUUUUAAGUGUUCAAAUGUUAGGUAUACGAGGUAAUGCUUUGUUGGAUACGGGAGCUAAGAGUAGCGUUGCUUUAUGAAUUGCUGUUAAAGCAUAACCAUCCGUGUGAGGAAACCAGGCGUCGGGUGAGGCUUGCAGACGGUUCCGCGCGCACCCGCCGAGUUUUGCUCACUACUCUUGAAGUAAGGGUAAGUCCCGAAAGGUCAGUAACCCUUGAAUUUACUGUUUUUCCAGAUGCUCAAAAUAAUGAAACUUUGCUUGGCAUGGAUUUUUUGGUGGCAGCAGGUAUUGUGCUUGACUUUGCUUCAUCCACUUGGCAUUUUUCAGGAAAACGGGUUACCUAUCCAAUUGAAUAUGAGUGCCCUAAGCCAUGCAUGUUUGCUUCUACUGCUGACUUCCUGCGUGAUGAUAAGGGUUCUAUGCUUGGCUCCGAUGAACGGCAGCAGCUAUCACAUUUAUUGCAGGAGAAUGGAGACAUCUUUAGGGUGGGGGGAGCCCCAACCCUUUACGCCGAGCACCACAUUGAUACCGGUGAUCAUCCGCCUAUAUCGGUACCGCCGUAUAGGCUCACUCCUGUGCUUCAACAGCGAGGAGAGGUUCUCGCAAUCGAUUUGUUCGGGCCACUGCCAGAAGGAGAGCAGGGGAGCGAUGGGUACUCCUGGUAGAGGAUGUAGCUACAAGAUGGGUAGAACUCUACGCACUUGUUGAUGCCACCGCCGUGGCUUGCUCCCGAGUCCUACUGGAAGAGUAUUUCCUUCGUUAUGGCUUGCUUAUGCGUCUAGGGGUGUAACACGUAAGUUCAUGCCACGACGGGAUGGCCCGUAUCGCGUAGUAAAGAUAGUUAGUCCUACAACGUACUUCAUAGCAGACUUGUCAAACAAUGUCAUCGGCAAGUAUCACACCGCGGAUUUAACCCACUCUCCGUCAAAUUCAAGUACGGAUCCAAUUAUGCCAAAGAGGCAGAGAGGAAGGCCGCGUCUUCAGACUAACAGUCCCAAGUUGGACUCGGGACGCGUUCCCAACUUGGAGGGGGAGUAUGUAACGCAGCGUUCCGUUUCGCGGGGCAACAGCAGCCAAAGAGAAUGUGACUCAGGUCCGUGCCGCGACGACCCACCCCGCGCUACCCGCGCCCGCGCAUCUGUUGCAUCAUUCGCACCCCCAAUUAGUGCGCGCCAGACUUUGAAGCGGAAUACACGCGUCCCCGGUCGAUACCGGAACUGACAACCCGAGAGUCUCAUGCCAGUCGGGCACCUAACAUUAAAACACUAAUUAAUUGAGCGUUUCAUUAGCUUUUAAGCUGAGUGACUAUUUAUAAUUUAUUUUUAUUAAGUAAUAAAUGAGCAAAAAAUAAUACUUAACAAAAAGAUAUGAAAUCCGAACAAAAACAGUUUCACUGUAAAAAAUUGCGCCAAGUCCACGUUUAUAAAACUCAUCUCAAUAACAUUUGCACUUUACAAAAAAAGAAGACUUCAAUAGCUUUCAUUCUCUACAAAAAUAUGUGAAAUACAAAAAAAUACCAAGAAACCGUCAUAAAGAUGAAAAAAUUAAAAAAAAAUUGUUGAAAAUUUAAAAAUAAAAAAAUAAAAAUUUUAUCGUGCUUGGCGCGCGUCAUUGAGUACCCCAAAAUUUUUCGGAAGAAUUUCAACCCGAGAAAAAAACCAUUUUGCUUUAAUAUACAGUGAAAGCUGAAAAAGUUACCCAGGUUGUCUUUUUCGCUCUUGUUAGCGUUUUAUGAGAAAUUGAGACAGAACUACGGUAAUUUUCAACAGCUCUCACUAUAUACCUAUGGGCUAUUAUAUGCCAAAUCGACCACUUUUGCGUCCGACCCCUUUAGAUUCAGCUGAAACUUUAAUAUUCUUUUCUACCCUUUGAAAAACAUCUUUGAGAAUUUUUUCAAAUGUUUUGAAGCCAACGUAUACAUACGUAUCGACUCGUAAGUAGUUUGUAUUUGUAUAAGCGAACACGAGAGGGUGUUUAGUUCAAAUCAUAAAAGAUGAGUGGGAAAUGAAAAAAAUUCAAAUAACAUACGUAUGAGAUGUCGAUUUUACUUAACUUUUGUAAAACUUAUUAUGAAAUAAUAAUUCAUUAAUUACAUUUAUGCAUUUCAUAGGUUGACCUACUUAUAAAUUUCUAAACAUUGAAAGGAUGUUCAUUUAUCCUGAAAAUUUUGGGGUACUCAAUGACGCGCGCCAAGCACGAUAAAAUUUUUAUUUUUUUAUUUUCAAAUUUUCAACAAUUUUUUUUUAAUUUUUUCAUCUUUAUGACGGUUUCUUGGUAUUUUUUUGUAUUUCACAUAUUUUUGUAGAGAAUGAAAGCUAUUGAAGUCUUCUUUUUUUGUAAAGUGCAAAUGUUAUUGAGAUGAGUUUUAUAAACGUGGACUUGGCGCAAUUUUUUACAGUGAAACUGUUUUUGUUCGGAUAUCGAUUACCUCAGUACUUUUUCUAGGUGAACCGAUUUUUAUGAUUCUGCUUUGAAAGGUGGUGAUGGUCUCAUGAGGUCGUAUUUCAAUUUUAUCAAGAUGUGAUCAGGAUUUUUUGAGUGAUCCUAGCAAUACUUAGUUAACUGACUUCGACUACAUGUAUGAUAUUCUUAUUUUGUUAAAUGUUGAUGAUAUAAAAUGGUAAAAAAACAUCGAAAGAUUGAACAUCGCAGUACUUUGGAGGCGGUCUAAUUCUAAUUUAGUGAUGUUCUGAUGAAGAUCUUCGAUGAUGAUACAAGGGAACUCUUCAGUAAAUAAGAGAAAAUUCCAAAUUCGUUUUUGAUAACAUUAAUUCGUAUAGGGCAGCGGUCGGCCACCUUGUCAACCAAAACUUAUAGUAGACAAUAGAAAACACACAAUUUAAAUGUAUACAAAGGGCUUUUUUUCUCAUAUAGGUAUUUUUAUAGCCUUGUGGUUCAAAAAUGUUUACUCGUUACAAGGCGAGGUAAUAAUUAAUAUUCCGCGCCAGAAUUGAGCAUUUCACGGAAAAGCUACGUUAGCCGAGCCGAGGAGUCAAAGGCACAGUCCGUCAGCUUUCUUAGCGGCCAAUGCCAACACUGGCAAUAUCUGCGAAAAUGAGUAAGCGCUAAUACUCAUGUCCUUUCAUUACUAUACUGUACUCUCUUUAACCCCCAUGCCCCCAUAUAUCUCAAAGAACGUUUCGAGUUCCUACGUGAUACGCAUAAUUUUUCCCUGAGAUCAUCGGAUAGCCUGAGACUGAAAAUGCCGGCGCAUUCAUCAUCAUUCUUUGAUCAUUCAUUCACCGUCCAGGCGGUUCGAUUGUGGAAUGCUCUGCCGGAUGCAGUGAGAAGUGCUCAAACUUUAAACUGUUUUAAAAGAAUGGUGAAGGAACACUACUUAUCUUCUUAGUGCUGUUUGUUUGCAUCAUCAUUUAUUAUUUCCAUACUGUUGAUGUAUUAUGUGUAUGUAAGUAUAUUAGUAUGUAUUGUAUGUAAGUAUGUAUAUUGGUAUAUAAUAAUAAGUAUAUAUUUCAUAUUAUAUGUAAACGGUAUAUAUUUUGUUUAUUGUAUGUAUAUAUUUUCUAUAAUGUAUUAUCUAUAGUACACCGCAACAUACCUGCUAUAUUUUUUUUAUAUUUUCCAGAAUUUCUAUAAAUUAUACGGUUGUCUGGAAGAGAUCGCUUUUAGCGAUAAGGCCGCCUAUUGUACAAAUUUAUCUGUUUUUUGAUUGUUUUUUUGAAUGUAAAUUGUGUUUUGGUGUGCAAUAAAGUGUAUUCUCUCUCUCUCUCUCUAAGCGCUCUACAAAAGAAGCAAUCAGCGAUAAAUUUUUUUAAGGGAUUUUAUGUCCAGGUAAUUAAGACCUUUAAAUCAUGUCUUGUAUUUUAAUUUAUAUUCAUAUUUUUAUGAAAAAUGAUAUUAUGGAGUGAAAUGAAAUGAAGAUGAUUAAUUUGAGACAUUAAUCAACUGGGAUGAAUUUUAUUUCAGUCCAUAUUAUCAUUUUUCACAAAAAAAGAAUAUACAUUAUAAGACAUAACUUAAAAGUCUUAGUUACCUGGUCAUAAAAUCACUUUAAAAAAAAAGCGACUGUCGCGACAUUUUGGAUUUUUUUUAAACUUAAGAUUUACAAACUACCGCGAUUGAUUGAUUCUUUCCGCGACAUUUAGGCUGUUGUACUUUUCUAAAACAUGGUAGGGAAAGGAAGUGUAAAAUGCUCAAAAUGCGGCAUUACAUCAAAAGAAUAUUUUCCUUAACCUUCCAUAGGUUUCCUCUUCCGUCCAAGCAUCGGUCUCUGAGGGCUAAAUUUUGUUUUCUGAUGGUGAUUGGACAUCCAAUGAAUUGUUAGAAAAGUUGAACGCACAGCAUAGGAUGCUAUGUGGCAAUCAUUUUGAUGAUUCUUCAUUUACCAGCAGCAACAGGAAAAGACUUCCAUCUGAAGCUCAAAGUAUACUUUCCCAAUUAAGAGACGAACAGUGUAGUCCAUCUAAAGCAAGUCAUGACAUCCAAGAACCAUCAAUAAGCAAAGGUAUUUUGAAGGACUUGGAUGUGAAAAAGUUCACUGAACUUACACCUAAAAAGCAAAAGCUGCAUAAGAGAUGCAGAAAAACCUAUCUGAAAUAAUGAGGCUCUGAAGAAAGUUUAAAGGUGUUAAAAAAUCCAAAAGAUCUAUAUUAAGUGUACUAACAUCAAAUGAACCUACUAAUGAAUUAUUAAAAAGCAAAUUAAGUAGUUCAUUUUAUUUACUAUUACAAUGCCAACUGAACAACGUUCCAAGAAAAUUAGCUGGAUGGAGAUGGACACUGGAUGAUAAAGUGUUAGCCUUAAGCAUUUAUAAGAAAUGAGUCGACUAUUAUCAAAGCCGGCAAUGUGACUUUUGGACAAUUAUUGGUAAAUCAGAAAAACUAAUUAUUGACUUUGUAUUCCAUUGGCAGUCACAAAACUCUUCUGAACGACAUCUUAGAUAAAUAACAGGUUAAGUAUUAACCUUUAUUUAAUGCAGGUUUUGAACCGUAUUCUUUGAAGGAGACGAUUAUAUUCAAAUCAAUCUGUAUUGACAUAUCAAUAACAUUUUUUUGUCCAAAUGCACAGAUUGCCUCCCUUGAUAAUAGACGACUCAAAUCAAACUGUUGUUAUAGAUUAUUAGUAGGUUAUUUUGUUGAUCCAAUUCAUAUUUUAUGUGAAAGUAACAAAGAGCUAGGAGAUAUGCCUCCUCAGUGUUCUGGUGAAAUGCAAGCAUGUGCUUAUCUUUGCGGAUUUAUUGUAAAAAAGAUGGCACUCAAUUGUACUCUUUGUAAAAGUAUUAUGCUAGCAGACCAGAACACUUAGGUAUGUCAUUUGUUUACAUUGUUCAAAGAAUAUGACGAUGUUAAAUGUAGUUUAAAUUACAUUCAGUACAGUUUUUGUAAAAUGGUUGAAAAGGCUGCAAAUUUGGUAAACAAUUAUCUAAAAGAUCACAGUCACACAGAAAAAAUUAAAAUGAAUUUAUAUACUUUAUUAACUGAAAAUUUGGACAAAGAUUGACUAAAGGUAUGUGAAGAACAUUACGCAGUCAAUAUUGAAACAAUUAUAAAAAGUACAAUUGCUAUAUGUUUAAAAAGAUUUUGUAAAAUAAAAAAUGAUGAAUUUAUGGAAGAAGCGUCCAAAAAUCAUGGAAGAGAAAAAUAAAUAUAUUGAAAAACGUUUAAUAUUAAGUGAUGAUGUAUGUAAAGUGUAAAUCGAUUAAAUAUUCAACCAUUUCAUUAAAUUAUAAAAAAUGCAUUAAUUUUAUUGCAAUUAACUUAUAUUGCAACUUAACUAUUAAUUGCAGUCCUAGUGGUAAAACAAUUGCAGUUAUCUCAGAUUGAUGUCAGAUUAUUUACAAAACAUUUAUGCUCAACACAUUUGUAAAUUUAAAACAAUACUUUAUUGUCAGAUAAUACCUUUUCUAAUUCUACAAGAAACUAAAAUUAGUAUGUUUCGAGUUUAGGAGUCAUUAAUCAUCAAUAAAUGAUAGAUUUUCAUGUUUAUAAGUCAUAUAACACCCGUGUUCAGUUACUAUGUAACUUCAUCUAAUUAGUUACUUUUCAAUGACGUCCCUUUCAAGGAUAUUUUAUAUUAAAAGUUUCUCUACGUUUAAAUAUACUGAAUUAUUAUAAAAUAAGUAAAAAAGUCAUCAAGUAUGUAAUUUAUAUAUAUUUAUUGUUAAUAAAUAACGACACCAUAAUUUUACCACACUAAAUCUUUUAUAUGAAACAGUCAAUUACACUGUGGUAAGCCUUUUACAAAUAACGUAGAUUUUCUCAUUAAUUUAUUACAGUAAAAAACUUAAUUCUAAUUUUAAAUCUAAAAUCUAAUCUAAAUGUAAACUUUAUAUCCUUUAAAAUUAUUCUGCCGCCACGCGCAGUGCUGUAUAUAAUAUAAAUACUUUAAUUGUUAAUAAGAAUAUACAUUAAGACUUUUUGUUUUUAAUUAUGGUAGCUUAAUAAAAUUGUUACCCAUGUACAA